UGUCCCUCAGACACAGCGGAUCACCUAUCAACGGAAAGAGCCGAAGCUGUCGGCUCGGUCAUGUGAUCAGCUGUGUCCAAUCACAGCUGAUCACAUGGGACAUCUACACUGAUCAUCAGGGUACUGAUGAUCAGUGUGCCCUGAUGAUCAGUGUAGCCCCAGCAAUGCCACCUGUCAGUGCCCAUCAAUGCCAGCUGUCAUUGCCAAUCAAUGCCACCUGCCAGUGCCCAUCAGUGCCUCAUCAAUGCCACAUAUCAGUGCCCAUCUGAGCAGUGCUGCUUUCAGUGUCACCUAUCAGUGCCAGUCAGUGCCACCUAUCAAUGCCAGUCAGUGCCACCUAUCAGUGCUGUCAAUCAGUGCCGCCCAUCAGUGCCAGUCAGUGCCGCCUAUCAAUACCAGUCAGUGCCGCCUAACAGGG